AUGCGUGCCGUUACCAGUAACGAUGUUACUGAGUUCUCCGGUGCUCUGCUGCGCUGGCGUCCGGACCCCCGUCGUCUGCACGGCACCUCGCUGUCUGACGGACGAGCUCUGCUGCACAUCGCGGCACUGGGGCGCCGGCACCAGGGACUGGUGCUGCUGUGCACGGCCAACCACCCCGUGGCGGGGACUGCCUCUGCCUCCGUCACGCUCGACAUGCUGCUAGCUCCGGUGGGAGCGACGCUUGUCCGGCGAGGCCCCCUGGUGGCCGGGGUGUCGGCAGAACUGGAGUGCGUCACUUGGGGCUCCAGGCCGGAGGCCCUGGUCAACUGGACCCUGGGUGGAGUGUCCCUCCCCACGGCCUUCGUGCACUGGGAUGGCAACGUGAGCACGGCCACCGUGUCUCUCUUACCGACGGCCGGCCACGACGGACUGCGACUUACCUGCUCAGCCGCCAACCCCAGGGCGCCCACCCUGCCCGCGGUGCAAGACUCCCGGGUGCUUGACGUCCGCUAUCCGCCAAAAGCGCGCCUGGAGCCGUGCCCAGCAGCCUCGACCUGGUCCUGCCUGCGCUGCGCGGCUGUGUCCAACCCGGAGCCAUCGGAGUUUACUUGGUUCAGGGACGGCAUCCGCAUCCAGGGCCAGGCGUCGGCCGUGCUCAGACACCGACAGCGCCCGUCUCGCAUAGAACGGUUCCAGUGCGAGGCCCGAAACGUCCUAGGUACCGGUAGGAGCGAACAACUCGCCUUGCUGCUCCUCGAACGAACGGGUGAGUAA